UCUAUGUUUUCGAUUAUUUCGGUGGCAAUAGGUUGUUUUUCAGACUAUUCCAAAUGAGUGUAAUUUGCUGUCUUUUGGAUAAAAAAUAGGCUUUCACAUGUUUUUUUAUUGUUCGGUAUAUUAAUAUUGCUGUCGCAAAUAAAAUCUCAUCAAAAUGGCUAAUGUGUCGUAUCAAAUCGCCAAUCUUCUGGAGAAGAUGACAUCCAACGACAAAGACUUUAGGUUUAUGGCGACAAAUGAUCUGAUGACUGAGUUACAAAAAGAUAGCAUAAAGCUCGACGAUGACUCUGAACGAAAAGUCGUAAAAAUGCUACUUCGUUUGCUUGAGGAUAAGAAUGGGGAGGUUCAAAAUUUAGCAGUGAAAUGUCUUGGUCCCUUAGUGAACAAAGUCAAGGAAUAUCAAGUAGAAGGAAUAGUUGAAACUUUAUGUGUAAAUAUGCUCUCUGACACAGAACAGCUUAGAGACAUAAGUAGCAUUGGUUUGAAGACUGUAAUAUCUGAACUACCAUUAGGCUCCAAUACACUUGCCGCAAAUGUAUGUAAGAAAAUUACUGGAAGAUUAAGCAGUGCUAUUGAAAAGCAAGAAGAUGUGUCAGUUCAACUAGAGGCUUUGGAUAUAUUAGCAGAUCUACUCAGCAGAUUUGGGGGUUUAUUGAUUUCCUUCCAUCCUAUGUUACUAAAUUCGUUACUUCCACAACUAGCUUCUCCAAGACAAGCUGUACGCAAGCGUACAAUAGUGGCAUUGUCUCACCUGGUUAUGUCCUGUAAUGCAUCUCUGUACAACACACUCAUUGAUUAUCUGCUGGAGGGGUUAAGCACAUCAACAUCUUCCAGUGUCAGUCGUACACACAUUCAAUGUAUAGCAUCAGUUUGCCGUCAAGCUGGUCACAGAUUCGGUGUACAGUUGUGGAGAGUUGCACCACAAGUGCUGAAACAUUCUACUGACGCUGAUGAAGAGCUACGUGAACACUGUUUGCAAGCACUAGAGGCAAUUGUGCUUAAAUGCCCAAAAGAAGUGCAACCCCAUAUCCCAACAAUCAUUGAGCUAUGUUUGAAAAUGAUUACAUACGAUCCAAACUAUAACUAUGAGGAUGACGAAGAGGGUGGGGGUGGUGAAGACGAGGAGAUGGAGGAUGAAUCUUUUGAGCCUGAAGCAUAUCCUGAGUCUGAUUCGGAGGAAUACUCUGAUGAUGACGAUAUGUCAUGGAAGGUCAGACGGGCGGCAGCUAAAUGCUUGGAAUCCGUCAUCACAACGCGUCAUGAACUGCUAGCUGAAAUGUAUCAGACAGUCUCGCCCGCUUUAAUUGCUAGAUUUAAAGAGCGUGAGGAGAACGUGAAAUGCGAUAUCUUGAGUGCAUACACCGCGCUUCUACGUGCCACGCGGCCCCCGCCCGCUUUGCAGGCUCCGAUCGCUCCUAGUGAUGACUCACCACAGGCUUUACUAUUGCAACGGGUGCCCGGAUUGGUGCGUGGUGCGUUGCGUGUGAUACGCGGACGCAGCGUGCGUGCUCGUGCUUGCGCGCUAUCGUUGCUGCGUGAACUCCUGGUCGCCGCACCCGGCUGCCUAGCUGAUCACGCUGCUCGCGUUAUUCGUGCUCUCACGCCACCUCUGACCGAUAAAGGCACCGCGUCAUCCAUGAAGAUCGAAACUCUGGUAUUCGUUGUUUGGUUGGUACGUGGACACAGUACCGAAGCGAUGCGGCCACACGUUGCAGCAUUACUACCUGCUGUGCUUGCGUGUGUACACGACUCGUUCUACAAGGUCACUGCUGAGGCCUUGCGUGUGCUGCAAACCCUUGUCAAAGUUAUGCGACCUCUAGAAAACAUAGAGAACAUACAAGGUGAAGUGGAGCCGCCCGCAGAGGAACUGCAACGGUUCGUGCCCGCCAUGUACGAGUGCACGCUGGUGCGGCUGAGAGCCACGGACAUGGACCAAGAGGUCAAGGAACGCGCCAUCGCUGCCUGCGGGCAACUUAUCUGCCACUUUGGAGACUACUUAGAGAACGAGCUUCCAGUGUGUCUUCCAAUAUUUUUAGAAAGAUUACGCAACGAAAUAACCAGACUGACCACUGUUAAAGCACUAACGAAAAUCGCUUCCUCGCCAUUGCGUAUCGACUUGCGACCUAUUUUGUCGGACGCUGUGCCAAUACUCGGAUCCUUUUUGAGGAAGAACCAGAGAGCCUUGAAGUUAUCUACUUUGGUGUUGUUGGAUACACUUGUACAAAACUAUAGCAAUGCUAUAAGUAUAGAAUUAUUAAGUAGGGUGCUAAUGGAGGUGCCAGCUCUCGUGUGCGAGGCAGACUUGCACUGCGCGCAAACUGCGUUGGCACUCGUGAAAUGCGCUUGCGAGCGUUGCCCCGCCGCACUCACUGCGGAGGCGCGGAACGCACUCACGCCUAAUAUACUUACGCUAGCUCGUUCGCCGCUUUUGCAAGGAGGUGCCCUAAAGGCGAUGGUCGGAGUGCUGUCGGCCUUAGUAACAGCAGACGUGGCUGGUUGCUCGCGUCGGGAACUAUUGUCUCUGCUGGUCGCGCCAGUGCACGCCAACGCGGACCACGCAGCUACCCCACAUCACAUCAAACAGGCGUAUCAUUCGUUAGCCAAAUGCGUCGCGGCUGUAGUGGUGUCGGGAGGCUCGGACGCACUGGACAUCACUCGUGGCUUCCUGCGCGACGCGGCGCAACCGAACUCCGACACUCAGCACAUGUUCGCACUACUGGCGCUGGCCGAAAUAGGCAGACAUCUAGAUUUAAGCUCCAUACCCAAUUUGAAAGAGGUGCUACUAGCGUCCUUCGCGCCUUCGUCAGAAGAGGUUAAGUCUGCCGCAAGCUACGCACUGGGUUCCGUGGCGGUGGGCAAUCUGCCAGAGUUCCUGCCUUUUAUACUCAACGAGAUCGAGGCGCAGCCCAAACGACAAUAUCUGCUGCUACAUUCGCUUAGAGAGAUAAUUGCUUGCGAGUCAUGCACACCAGAGGGCGUUGAAGCUUUAAGGCCCUUCAUACCCGAGAUUUGGAUACAGUUAUCAAAGCACUGCCAAUGCGUCGAAGAAGGUUCUCGUAAUGUGGUUGCCGAAUGUUUAGGAAAGUUGUGUCUUUUAGAGCCUAAAGAUUUGUUGCCGCAUUUGAAAGAAUUCCUGAAAUCGCCUGAGUCACUCACUAGAACAACUGCUGUUACGGCUGUUAAGUUCACUAUCUCAGAUCAGCCACAAGCGAUAGACGGCAUGCUCCGCGCGUGCAUGGCAGAGUUGUUGGUGCCGUUGCGAGACUCCGAGCUGGGCGUGCGUCGUGUAGCGUUGGUGGCCUUCAACUCGGCCGCCCACAAUAAACCUUCACUAGUGCGAGACCUGUUGCCGGACCUACUGCCCACCAUCUACGCAGAGACCAAAGUCAAGAAAGAGCUUAUUCGGGAAGUGGAAAUGGGUCCCUUCAAGCAUUCCGUUGACGACGGACUGGACUUACGCAAGGCGGCCUUCGAAUGCAUGUACACUUUGCUCGGCACGUGCUUGGAUCGCCUGGACGUGUUCGAGUUCCUACGUCACGUGGAAGAUGGACUACGCGACCACUAUGAUAUUAAGAUGCUAACCUAUCUCAUGUGCGCUCGACUCGCGCAUCUCUGCCCCGCUGUUGUGCUGCAGAGACUGGAAAGCCUAGUGGAGCCGUUGCGUGCCACGUGUACCAUGAAGGUCAAAGCCAACUCUGUGAAGCAGGAGUAUGAGAAGCAAGAUGAGCUGAAGAGAUCUGCCUUACGUGCCGCCGCUGCGCUUCUGCAGAUACCUGACGCUGACAAAAAUCCUCACCUCAUGGACUUUGUGACGCAAAUCAAAUCGUUCCCGGAUCUUCAGCCCAUCUUCGAGUCGAUCCUUAAGGAUUCUACAGGCGCCGGUAUGGACUCCAACCUAAUGGACCAAAGUUAGCUGCUCCUGGCUUCUCUUUACUUAUAAUUCGCGAAUCAUCACGAGGUUUCUUUUUCUUUAUAUAUUUUUUUUUAUACUAUACAUAACUCACGUUUACAUUGUAAAAAUUGUAAUGAAAUGAGACGCAGUUUUAUUCAACAGUUAUAAUUAUAAAAAUUACAAAUUUAUAAACAUUUUCGCUAGCGGAUAAAAAGCUAGAUGAAUAAUCCGGGUAGCAUCAGUAGGGAGGUUUGCAUUUAAGGAGUGCAGAAGGAUAUUGUUUAUUAGAUGUUUUGUUUUGAUAGCUUUAUCUGAUAUGUAUUGUGAUAUUACAUGCUAUGUGGAAUAUUCAUAGGAGGUUGGAUAAAUACAAUAAAAAGCGAAAAAUUAUA